AGAGCCGAGGUUCGCUCAGCGCGAUUGGAGGCCCAGAGCAGCUGGUGUCGCGCCCCCGGUAGUGUAGACGUGCAUCCCGUCAACCACAUGCAUAAGGUAGCCGUCUCCUGAUUCUAAGGAGGAGCUGUGAUCGAGCUCGAAUCCCCCAAAACUCUGCCAUGUUGGCCGCCACGAAGCGGUGGUUCCGCCGCAACCGAACACCUCUCGCCAUCGGUGCUGGUGUUAUCGGCGCCGGCUAUGUUGUCACCAAUUAUGUCUUGGGCAAGCUCCAGGAUGCGCGCGAGCGCAUGAGCAGCGAUCGCAUCGCCAAGGAGAAUCUGCGACGACGAUUCGAACAAAACCAAGAGGACUGCACCUUCACCGUCCUCGCCCUCCUACCUACCGCCACGACAAACAUCCUCGAGGCGAUGAACACAGAGAGAAUCACAUAUGAAAUCCAACAGAUGAAAGGCUCUGCCGUAGCCAGGACGAAGAGCAUCGGGUCAACAAGUCCACCCAGCCUUUCCGCAGAGACAGAUGACGAUGGAAGGAGCAUGUUCAGCGUCAGUGUCACAAGUGACGCCGGCCUACAAACAAGUCAGCUUGCUGUCCCAACUUCCAUAGCAGCUGCCAUCUCAGGGGACGGCAAUGUCCCUGUCGACGGUGCCCAAGAAGGCGAUGCCCUUUCAGUACCCCCCAAACCAAAAAAGACUAAAAGGCAACUCUGGAAUGACCUCACCAUUAGCUCCAUCACCCGAGCCUACACCCUCCUCUACACGCUCUCCCUCCUAACCAUGCUAACCCGCAUUCAACUCAACCUCCUCGGCCGCCGCUCCUACCUUUCCUCGGUCGUCUCCCUCGCCACCGGCUCCGCCCAGCAAACCAUCUCCCUCGAAAACAACGACGACGACGGCAACAAUCCCGAGCACUAUUAUGGUUCCGACUUUGAAGUCAACCGCCGCUACCUCACCUUCUCCUGGUGGCUUCUCAACCGCGGCUGGGUAGACGUCAUGCAGCGUGUAGAGACUGCCGUCCGCCAGGUCUUUGGCCACCUCUCCCCCCGCGACACCGUUACAAUCGAGAACUUCCUCCAACUCACCUCCAACGUCAGAACCCUUGUGGAAGGCUCCUCUCCCUCCUCAGGGGUGGGCACAGCUUGGCUCAGGUUCCUCCUCCCUCCCGAAAAGCUUGAGGAUUUCGUCCUUCGCGAAUCAGGCAUCUUGGAUGACUCCUCCCCGUCCCCAUCCCCAACUGGCGAAGACAUCACCCCUAACUCAGUCCAAUUACGCCGGUUGUUGGAUGAGACAGCCGACCUAAUCGACUCCCCCACCUUCUCCAGCGUUCUAACUCAGAUCCUCGACGCGGGCUUUGAUACUCUCAAGGGGCAGCUGGCCAAGGAUGUGGUGGGUGUGUCAACCAUAACAGAGGACAUGUCCGGCUUCACGUCAAGAGCGGUGCUUCUUCCCAAGAUCCUCUCCGUGCUUACGAGGCAGGCGCACGAUAUUGGGAAUGGGAUGCCGAACCGGUACUUGCAGGCGAUGGAGCAGGUGAGGGAUUUGGAGGGUUUUGCUGCGGUGGUGUAUUCUUCCAAUUGGCAAGCGGAGAUCGCGCAGGAUGAGGAGUUGGAGGUGCUGCAGAGGGAGCAGCAGAGGAGAAAUGAGAUCGUCGCUGGGGGUGGCGUAAGUGGUCUUGUGAGGGAGGAGGUCAGAUCACCUGGGUUGGAAGGGUCAACCGUUGUGGGGGGUGGUGAUGAGAGUGUUGUUGUCGUUGGGCAAGAUCCGCAGGGGAGUUUUGAGGGGGCGUGGGAACGGGCUGUGAGUCCGCGGAGGUAGUCGGGUGUCUUGUGUAAGAGAGGGAAGUUGGGAUGUACAAUCAUGAAUGAGGGCGGUGGUUUUCGCUUUGAUGAUUUGUUUGUUUUUAUAUUUCGGUAUUAUCACUUACAUAUUACAUGACAUGGAUACAACGGGUUGAAAAGAGAGCAAGACAUGGUCUGUUAUUACUAUUAGCAUGAAAUCAAGGAUACAUCAAGGCACAGUUUUCACAC